AUGCCUGUCUCAUCGAAGCGAAGCCAGAGGACGCGCCGUCCUCGCGACGUUAGUCCGAGCCCAGCCCCGCUAGAGCAAUCCUCGCCGUCGCGUCCAGCUAAGCGCAGACGGAAGGUAGAUACCCCCUCUUCUUCUAGUCUACAUAUAUUUGCUGAACACGUGCCGAACAUCAAGGUCGAGGAACCUCAGUCGGAGCCCAUCGAGGACGAGGGCUCAAGCCUCACUGUCGACAACUCGAACCCUGAAGGUUCCAGCGACGAUGACCGACUGAUCACCCUUGUAACGCAGCAUUUAAAAAGCAUUCAUACCCAAGCUAGCCGAGACCACGCCAAUGCCAUACAUGAAUCUAAGACCGAGGAUAUAGAGGCUUACGCCAAGAUCUCUGCUCAAGACUGGACCUAUUAUAUUAGGUCUUUGUCUAUCAAUAUCGGCAGAACAUCAGAGCCGUCCCAUACGCGCCCUUCCGGACAGGACGACGAAGACAAGGACUUUGUUCAUAUCGACCUCGGUCCCUCUAAAACAUUCUCGCGCCAGACAGCCAUUAUCUACUACGACUCGGAUCCCGGUAAAUGGUAUCUCUUGCCGAAAGGACGGAAUGGGCUUAAAGUUGAUAAUGUCGCUCUCAAGAAAACGGAUGAUCCGCAUGCGCUUUCCAGUGGUGAAGUCAUUGAAAUCGGCGGCAUCGAGAUGAUGUUCGUCUUGCCAGGUAGCCUUGCCCCCCUUCGUAUCCAUCCUAUGUACCUCGAACAAGCAGGGAUCAAGCAACAACAGUCAAGUCCUGUCCGUGAAGCUGGUAGGACAGCUUUGCCGACAGCGCCUUCAGCGGAUCAUUCGUCGUCCCAGAGCACAGCAAGACCUUCCUCUCGGAGCCAGCUGUACCAACAGCCAAUUGCACCCGCCCCUCCUGACUAUAGGCGACCCGGAACCCCACCAUCGGCUAAGAGCCGCCCUACUGCUGCGCAGCAGAAGACGCCUGCCCAAGGAUCUUCCGGCACUGUGAUAAUGAGUCAGAGCGACGUGGACUUGAGCAAAGACGAGAACAAGCACAUUAAACCUCAUUUCAGUUAUGCUCAGAUGAUAACUCAGGCUAUCAUGAGUACUACCGAGGAGAAGUUGAAUCUGGCUGGCAUUUAUCAGUACAUUACCACCAACUAUGCUUACUAUCGGCACCAACCGCCUUCUGGCUGGCAGAACUCCAUUAGGCAUAAUCUAUCGCUCAACAAAUCGUUUAUGAAAGCUCCGCGAUCGACGGACGAGCCUGGAAAGGGUAUGAAAUGGGAGAUCGUCCCUGAAGCCCGUGAGGAAAUGAUUCGGGUCGCUUACAAAGGUGGACGAGGUGGACAUCGCGGUUCUUCCGCUCCCUCAUCCCCUAGUCAACCUAGCCAGCUGAGUUACAUCACACAUGGACCUCGAGACGUUUCAAAUCGGGAGCCCACAUCAGCACGAAAGCGCAAGGCCUCGCCAAUUGCCUCGCCACCCCCCAAAUCGGCCAUGGCCCUAUCCCAGGUAACAGUAACACCAGACCGUAAGUAUCUACCGACGGGACCGGCGAGCUUCCAAGAUGGCAGCCCGCUUCCGCGACGUAAGCCUCUAAGCGCCGCGGACAGUCUCCCUCAGUCCCCGCCAACUCUAUCGUCUUCGUAUCUCCAGGAUGAAGGUGCUUCUUUUGUUACUCCGGCGCCUCAUCGGGUCCACCCCCGACUCGCGCCCCCAAGUACCGCCCAGAGACCAAGUCAACACAUGCCGACAUCUUCGCCUGCCCCCUUCUGGAAGUAUGCCGACAUCACUAGCACGCCUCUGAAGUCAUUGCAGUAUGACUUGAGUCCCUCAAAGCCUGCGGCCCUACCGGAAAGCAGCAGCCCUCCUGCUGCACAUGACAGAUCGCCUAUAGGUAGCCCGACCAGAUCGACCAGACCCACCCACUCAGAGACGCAGGAGAAAGCUACGGUAGCCGAUGAUGAGGAAGAAGAGGGUGGCUUUGAUCUUACUAAGGGUUUCCAGAGCAUCGGUUCUUAUCAUGCACCUGCCAACUGGAUGAUGUCCCGAACCAAUGGGGGCCGAACAUAA